AGUUGCGUCAGUCUUUCACAUACAGUCAUGAUACAACAUGUAUAUUUUUGAUGUAAAUUGUUUAGUAUAUUGCUAACGUCUUUUUUACAUUACAUUUAACAAACACUUUGAUUAUUUUAUUAAAAAUUCGUGUGGUUUUGAAGCCAAAGAGUCAGUCCAGGUCCGGAGAUACACUUGUUGGAGAGGUUAAUUAUGGAGAAACGAUUUAUUUAAGUCUACGUAUACCAACUGCAUGUGCUACAACUACAUGCAAGGGUCAUGAUCUAUAAACAUGAUGUAACUUGUCAGGGUUGCUCCAGUGAUUGUUAAUGUUAUGCAAGAAAUAAUUUUUUUCUCGGGAAUUAUUGUAAUAGUUGUAUAUCAUAAUGACGUUUGUGAAUUGUAGCCGUGUUUUAAAGGUAAUGAAUCUGGCAAGAUCUUGGCCUAGUCGAAGUGGCAUGACCGCAGUCCAGAGACGACCCAUACUUCCCCCAUCCUGCCAACACAGAUGUGCCUCCUCUCAGCAGACAAGAAGCAAAACCUCGUCCAAAAGAACAGAUGAUCAAGAUGAAGACAACGAAGAUGAACCACUCCCAUAUUUAAACAGCAAGGCCCGUGACUGGUCGGUUCACAACAGCUACGGGAGGCACAAGAAGCGCCCGUGGUACAAAGUGGCUCCGCUGAGCAUCGGACUCGCUGUCUUUAUGGCUUGGGUCUUUUUACGCAAGGAGACGGAGAUUGAUCGACAGUUGGAGGUCCAGCUUCACGAACGCUUGCCCAAUCUGUUUGAAGACCCAAGUAAAAAGAAUGUGGGAAAGGACCCAAUCCUUGUACCAGAAAGUGAAGAGGAAGAAAAGCUGAAGGAGUGACUUUGAUAGAUUUGAAACGGAAUCAGUGUUGUUUUAAUUGCCCUGUUUGACAGUUGAAUUUUUGCAAGUGUACCCACCUGGAAAACUGUUGAAAUUGUCCAUAUUUGUCAGCUUUUACUGGCUGUAUUUGGUACAAAUUUGUGUGUCCUGUUAACCCUCCAUUGUCAGCUGAAGUCAGCACAUGCCGAAAUACAAAAUUAAGUCAAUUCAUUGUCAAGUACUCGGGUCGUCAGUAACAUUUAAUUGGGUAAUCUUAUCCAAUCCAUUUUGUUUGUCCACUCCCCAUAAUUUAAAUCAGGUUUACAAUGUU